CGCGCACUUGUUUUCCACCGAGUGUGUUGAAUGUUUGAGAUAUAAUGUUGUGCUAGCUAGCUGCGGCUAGCGAGCUCAGAGAGUUUGCUAGUACAGUUGUCCGUGCCCGCCGGGCUGCGUCCAAGGGGCUCACGAGAGCCGAGACUUUGCCAGCAUGGAUGUGGUGUCGCCGGAGCUCAACAGCCUCCUUCCUGAUGAGAUCAUGGACACCGAGGCCAUCGAGGACCUCCCUCCCUCCCAGCCAGGCGGCGGCGCGGUCCAGUCACAGCCCAGCGAUGACACGCCGGUUCCCAUGGAAACGGAUACUCCCGCGGCCUCGGAACAUUUGAGCCUCUGUUCGGAUGCCACUUCGGCGGAACACGCGAAGGCUCCUCCCACCUCCUCAGGAGCCACACUCAGCAUCAGCACCGCAAGUCAGCUUCCCAUCUCCAUUUCCAGCACGUCGUCCCUUCUCACCCUCAAGCCAGCAAUGGUUACUUCCCUCGCCGCGACUAAAACCACAGAUAGUUUGAGCGGGACUAGUAUCUCUACGACGGGGCUGCAGAGGCUCACGCCUCCGUUCACCAUCUCCGCCGCCAACCACCAGAUCAUUCUCAACAAGGUGGCCUCGGCUCAAGCCACAGAAGCAGCCAAGUCCAUUGGCAGCCAGCCGCAGGUCUUCAAGCAGGAAGGACAGAAACUUUUGGUGACGACCAUAGGAAAGUCGGGGCAGCCGAUAAUGUUGCAGGUAGCGGGCGGCAAGCCGGGCGUCUCACAGACUUUAGGAGACCACAAGUCUCAAGCGCCGCAGUUUAAAGUGGUGACUAUUGGUGGGAGGUCGGAGCUGAAGCAGGUGGUGGGGAGCGCUGGGAACCAGUUGACCACAUUACAGGGCCAGCAGCUGAAGGCCGUACAGAUUGCUACAAAGACCCCCGUAUCCUCAGCUGCACCCAUCAAGUAUAUCAUCACCAAAACAGUCAACAGCAAAGGUCUCAGUCCUCAGACCUCGGUGUCCCCCGUCAUCACCGGUCGGGUCCUGACUCAGACCUCCCCGGGGAUUCCCUCGAGGACCAUCACUCUGUCUGAGACGCUCAACUCCAACAUGCAGAGUAUCUCCGGCAAAAAGAUCGCCAUUUCCCCCCUGAAGAGUCCCAGCAAGGUGACGGUGGUGUCCGUGGCGUCCCCGACCUCCAACGCCACUCAGAAGUCGAUGACGCUGCCCGUCAACGUGGCACUCGGCCAGCAGAUCCUCACGGUCCAGCAGUCCACAUCUGGAUCCCCGGUCAAGCUGGCCACCGGCCAGAACACGGCCCAGAACAUCAAACCAGUGCAGUCUGUGACCAUGGGAGGAGUCGGCGGCUCCCAGUUCAAGACCAUCAUCCCGCUGGGCUCCCAGCCCAACGUGCAGCAGAUCCAGGUCCCGGGCAGCAGGUUCCACUACGUCCGCCUCGUCACGUCGACCACGGCCAGCAGCUUGGGGCAUCCCAGCGGUCCCAGUACCAGCUCCCUGCAGACAGCCAAACCCAUGGUGGUCGGCACCGGAGCGGCCCGCAUGUCUGUCGUCCCGGCGCAGCCCGUCAAACAGAUGGCGCCGAAGCCCUUGACCUCGGGCGCGGUGGUGACCACGGCUCAGACGCAGCAGCGCCUCAUCAUGCCGGCGACGCCGCUCCCGCAGAUCCAGCCCAACUUCACCAACCUCCCCCCGGGCACCGUCCUGGCCCCGGCGCCGGGGGGAGGGAACGUGGGCUACGCGGUCGUGCCGGCGCAGUACGUCACGCAGCUCCAGCAGACGCCUUUCGUCACCCUCGCCAGCAGCUCCACUUUCCCAGCGCCCGCCGGCGUCCAGACGCAGGCCCGACUGCCACUCAACGGCUUGUCGCCAGCGGAGACGACCUCGAGGCCGAGGAAGCCGUGCAACUGCACCAAGUCGCAGUGUCUGAAGCUGUACUGCGACUGCUUCGCAAACGGAGAGUUCUGCAACAACUGCAACUGCAACAACUGCUUCAACAACCUGGAGCACGAAACGGAGCGACUCAAAGCCAUCAAGACGUGUCUGGACCGAAACCCGGAGGCCUUCAAACCGAAGAUCGGCAAAGGCAAGCAGGGCGAGUCGGACCGCCGGCACAGCAAAGGGUGCAACUGCAAGCGGUCGGGCUGCCUGAAGAACUACUGCGAGUGCUACGAGGCGAAGAUCAUGUGCUCGUCCAUCUGCAAGUGCAUCGGCUGCAAGAACUUCGAGGAGAGCCCGGAGAGGAAGACGCUGAUGCACCUGGCGGACGCGGCGGAGGUGAGGGUGCAGCAGCAGACCGCCGCCAAGACCAAGCUGUCGUCGCAGAUCUCCGACCUGCUGAUGAGGACGACGCCCGUCAUCUCCAGCGGGGGCGGGAGGUUGCCGUACACUUUUGUAACGAAGGAGGUGCUGGAGGCCACGUGCGAGUGUCUGCUGGAGCAGGCCAAGAAGGCGGAGCAGACUCACCAGCCUCAGGUGGAGGCGGAGAGGAUGAUCCUGGAGGAGUUCGGACACUGCCUCAUGAGGAUAAUCAACUCGGCGGGGAAAGCCAAAGCCGACUGCGCCUCCAUCAACUGCUAGCUCCAUGUCUGCCCCUGGACUUAACCCCGCUGUGGGGGUGUGUGGGGGGGGGGGGGGGCGGAGAGAGGCACAGAGACAACCUGCGGCGUCUCCGUCCUGCAGGGAGACGGCAACAAAAGGCAGAACGGCCAGGCCUGAAAGUAGAGUCUCCUUCCUCCGAGUAAUAAACAUGGAACAGAUGUCUGGGACAAACGGACGGAGCUUGUUGGCUCU